UUACCACUGGUUCACCUUCCAAUGGCCACUGCAGCCGGCGCACUGUGUCCGGCGCACCACGCUGAUCCGAAGCCAGGAGCCAGGUGCUUCUCCUGGUCUCCCAUGGGGUGCAGGGCCCAAGCACUUGGGCCAACCUCCACUGCACUCCCGGGCCACAGCAGAGAGCUGGCCUGGAAGAGGGGCAACCGGGACAGAAUCCGACACCCCGACUGAGAUUAGAACCUGGGGUGCUGGCGCCGCAAGGUGGAGGAUUAGCCGAGUGAGCCGUGGCACCAGCCAAAUUUAAAAAAAGGCAGUGAAGAGAGUAGGCUCUGUGCUGUGUGUAUUUUACCAUAAUUUUAACAAAUUAAACCAAAGCCCUCUCUGCACAUCCCUCCGUCCCGGGGAGGACUGCAGGCCACCAGUACCAACUCAGAGGUGUCCCCGCUCUGAGCCUCUUCGCAUGAGGGCACCCGCGGGGCUCCUGCACAGACAGCGCGCUGGAGUUCACGGUCAUUCCCCAAGGGGAUGAGCGAGAAGCCCGCGGCAGGACACCAGAUGGCAGGGAUGAGGCGUGGGGAUGGUGGCCAGCGGGGAAGUGAACCCCCCCACACACAGCUCAUCCUGUACCCUGCACCUCAUUCGGCCAUGGACCGGGCCCGGCGGCAGCGGGCUCUGACCCUCCUCCCCAUCGGCCUCGCCCUCACCCUCUCCCUCAUCGCUGUGAGCAGCAGCCACUGGUGCCAGGGGACUCGGCGGGUGACAAAGCCGCUGUGCCAGGACCCAGUGGGGGGGCCACACUGCAUUCACCCCAUCGAGUCCAGCGGCAGCGGCAGGAGCGACGCAGGGGGCCAGGCUGUCCAGUACAUUUGGGAGAUGGGCGAUGACAAGUUCAUCCAGCGCAGGUUCCACGUGGGGCUCUGGCUGUCCUGUGAGGAGACCUUCAGCAGCACAGGUGAAGUGUGCAGGAGCUUCCAGAGCGUGGUGCCAGCUGAGGAGCAGGGUGUUCUGUGGCUGUCCAUCGGGGCUGAGCUCCUGGAUGUCCUCCUGCUGCUCUCAAGUGCUGUCCUCCUCGGCUCCCGAGUGAGCUGCCCCAGCUCCAGCUUCAACUGGUUCAAGGUGGACGCCUUGGUGGCCAUCCUCAUGGUCCUCGCAGGGCUCCUAGGCAUGGUGGCCCACAUGAUGUACACAACCAUUUUUCAAAUCACUGCGAACCUUGGUCCCGAAGACUGGAGGCCCCAGACAUGGGACUACGGCUGGUCCUAUGGUCUUGCCUGGGGUUCUUUCACCCUCUGCAUGGCUGUGUCCGUCACAGCCAUGAGCAGAUACGCCACCGCCCGCCGGAGAUUCGCAGAGAAUCAGGGGGUACGAAACAGCCGUCGGCAGCCGCUGCACCACUUCCCAGCACCUGUUGGAGAACCGGGAGCUGCUCCCAGCCCUGCUGGAGGCGCCCUUGCAAAUGUUUCUGGAAACCUGCAGGCAGCUGCCCCAGGCAAGGUGUCCGCGUGCUAGCUAGAGCCCACGGCUUCCAGAACUGCACAGGCAGACAAGCUUCGCACCUGUGCCUGCGACCGACGUCCCUGGGGUGGGCUUCAGAAGAUGCACAGUCCUGGUGAUCUCCCCACCCCCUCCCCCCAUCUCACCUUUCACUAAACUCCUUGUGCAUAUGCCUCCGAUUCCUGCUAAAACGCCAGUCUCUUUAAGCGAGGUAACUUACCUACAGUAUCAGUCAUGGACACUGUAGUAUGAAGGAGCUUCAGGAGCUUUCCUGACAGUGAAUUUAAUAAGGUUCCCAAAGAGAAAGGGAGCAGGCAAGAACUAAGGAGGAGAGACGUGAGGAGAGAACGAAGCAAGUCUUGACGACAACAGAUUCGAAAUGUGCUGUUGUUGACAGAAAAGACAAGAACUUCCUCCCCCCGCUUUGGCACACACAGUAAAGUAUGGGUGGCUAUUCCCAUGCUUUCCUUCUACUUUAACCAAGAAGUCAGGGCGCCCUUGCUGUGGUGUGGUAGAUAAAGCCUCUGCGACACCAGCAUCCCACGUUUGCACCAGUUCAAGUCCCAGCUGUUCCACUUCCGAUCCAGCUGCCUGCUAAUGGCCUGGGAAAGCAGCGGAAGAUGGCCCAAGUCCUUGGGCCCCUGCACCCAUGUGGGAGACCUGGAAGAUGUUCCUGGCUCCUGGCUGCGAGCUUGGCCCAGCUCCAGCUGUUGUGGCCAUUUGGGGAGUGAACCAGUAAGUGGAAGAUUUCUCUCUCUCUGUCUCUCCCUCUCUCUCUGUAAUUGUGACUUUCAAAUAAAUAAUAAAAAUAAGUCAGAAACAGGGGCUGGCUUUGUGCUGUAGUGGGUUAAGCCUCCACCUGCAGCACCAGCAUCCCAUAAGGGCACUGCCUCUAGUCCUGGCUGCUCCACUUCCGAUCCAGUUCCCCGCUGGAAUGCGCCUGAAAAAGCAGCAGAUGAUGGUCCACAUGGGAGACCCGGAUGGAGUCCUGGGCU